UUUAGGUAAUAAGUUUUCCGUCAAACAGUGUUUCAUGUUUGGCGCGCUGAUAAGUUGAGGUUCUUUGAUCACAAUGAAAUUAUUUCUCUCAUUAGUCGCCCGUCAGUUAUCAAACAUUGUUUACGUUAACUAUUACCACUCCCGUAACUUUUUUAAUAAUAUCGGAAAUGUCUAGUGAUAAAAAAAAUAAUAUUAGAGAGAUGGCUCGCCAAAAUGGUAUUGUUCAACCCUUAUUAACUGAUUUAUACCAAAUAACCAUGGCCUAUGCCUAUUGGAAGUCAGGGAAAGUUAAUGACACAGCUGUUUUUGAUUUGUUUUUCCGUACAAAUCCAUUCCAAGGAGAAUUUACAAUUUUUGCUGGACUCGAAGAGUGUCUUAAAUUCUUAGAAAACUUUCAUUACUCGGACAGUGACAUAGAAUAUUUGAAGCAAACAUUACCUCCAACUAUAGAAAAUGAGUUUUAUGACUAUCUUAAGGAUUUAACUUGCAAGGACAUUAAAUUAAGUGCUAUUGAAGAAGGGUCCGUUGUUUUUCCAAGAGUUCCUCUUUUGAGAGUGGAAGGCCCUCUCAUAAUUGCGCAAUUACUGGAGACAACGUUAUUGACUCUAGUUAAUUUCGCAAGUCUCAUGGCGACAAACGCAGCUCGGUAUCGUAUGGUCGCUGGCAAACAUGUAUCGUUGCUCGAGUUCGGCCUACGAAGAGCGCAAGGGCCAGAUGGUGGUCUCUCAGCUUCUAAAUAUGCCUACGUCGGUGGUUUUGAUGGCACGAGUAACGUGCUGGCCGGGAAGAUGUUCGACAUACCCGUCAAAGGCACGCACGCGCACUCGUUCGUGACGUCAUUCAGUACGCUGGACGACAUACACUCGGGCAUGCUCAGACACGCAGAUAAAGAGACUCAGUGCGAUUUCCUAAAGAUGGUGCUCGAGUGCCGGAAACGCGUCUCUGAGAUCCUAGACGUGUCUCCCGAGGAAGCCAGCGACGGCGAACUGGCCGCCCUUGUGUCGUACGCCCAAGCCUUCCCGGCCGGGUUCUUAGCUCUCGUGGACACGUACGAUGUGAAGAGGUAUAAUAUACAAGGCUUACCGUCACGACACGGGCAGCGUACGAAUGGGCAUUCUGGCUACAAUAGCAACUGUGGAUCCAAUGGUCGUAGUAUUCGAAGCCUCACGGCUAUCCGUAGCGCGCGUGGAUAUAGCACGUUCGAACGCACACUGAGGAGUGGUCUUUUGAAUUUCUGCGCCGUAGCCAUAGCUCUGAACAAGUGUGGGUAUAAAGCGGUUGGGAUUCGUAUCGAUAGCGGCGACCUGGCGUACUUGUCCGUACUCGCGAGGGAAACCUUCAAUCAAGUAGCGAAGGAGUUGGAUCUGCCCUGGUUCGCCAAACUAACAAUCGUUGCGUCGAAUGAUAUCAAUGAGGAGACGAUACUGAGUCUCCACGAACAGGGGCACGCAAUCGACUGCUUCGGAAUCGGGACGCACUUAGUCACCUGUCAGCGCCAGCCAGCAUUGGGUUGCGUAUAUAAAUUAGUUGAAAUAAAUGGCCAGCCUCGUAUUAAACUCAGUCAGGACGUCGGCAAAGUCACCAUUCCUGGUAAUAAAGAGGCUUAUAGAUUGUUCGGGGCCGACGGACAUGCGUUGAUAGAUUUACUGCAGCGCUCGACCGAGCCCGCCCCCGAAGUGGGUCAGAAAGUGUUGUGUCGACAUCCGUUCCAAGAAUCUAAACGGGCGUAUGUCAUACCCAGCAAAGUGGAGCAUCUCUAUAAGGUGUACUGGAAUGCAGGAAAAAUAUGCACUUUUCCUAAACCCUUAGUAGAGGUACGAGAGCGAGUGCAAACAUCUUUACGAACUCUAAGACAGGAUAUUAAAAGAAACUUAAAUCCAACUCCAUACAAGGUGGCUGUGAGUGACAACCUCUACAAUUUCAUACACGACCUGUGGCUACAGAAUGCACCAAUCGGCGAAUUGUUUUAAUUGGAUUCACGGGAAAACGGCUUGGAGUAACAAAGAUUUAUUUAUAAUUUCUAUGAUAUGCUUUCAAUUUCCAUUUUAUAUUUAAGAGAAGUAUGUAAAUUUCAGUUUUAUACGGCGUUUGGAACUGUUAUAUAAAUGUAAGCAAGAAAAGUACUCAGGGGCAGAUUUUAUACCUCGAUUGCCCUAGUUCGAUGGAAGGUUGCCGCCCUCCUACUACUUUAAUUUUUUAAUAAUCGGAUACGGGUAUUUUUUGCGGUAUGCUAUGGACGCAUAUUUUAGUUUUUAAACGUUGUGUGAUUUUACAAUGAAUGAGACUACUAAAAAAAUGACAUAAAAUUUUGCUGCCUCUUACAUUUUGUAUAAGAAAUCCGCCCCUGAAAGUACUAGUGUUUAUUUAUGGAAUAUAUUAUUAUUAUUGUAAAUGUAAUUAUAUAGCACUGAAAAUGUGAAAAAAAAACAGUUUUAAAAUUAUUUAUAUUAUACUAAAUAGUACAAGAAAAUUUACAAUAUAUUUCCAGAAGAAGUAAUUUGUCACUUAUAUAAAGUUAAAAAUAAAUAACUUUCGAUAGAGAAUAAAUAACUUUUAGUAGCAUAUGGUCUGUUAGACUUUAUAUUUAUUAUAUAUAAAAAGGUUACACUUAAGAUAACAAAUUCGAGGUAAUUGGGUUAAAUAUGAACAAAAUAAUUUAAAAAAAAAACCGUCUGUGAUAAAUAACCCAAACAACCCUAAAGUGUAGCAGUUUUGCUUAAGCCUUAAAACUACUAGUCAAAAUUGUUUUAAAAGUAUUUCAUUAAUGGUUUAAAUUACAAUUGCAUUUUGAUGAAUCAAAAUUUGUUUUGAUAAUUUUUAGAAUUAUUUAUUAUAGUAAAAUUAUUGUCUAUACAGAACGCCUGGCUACUUAUUAAAUACUAAUCUUCUAAAAGAAUGAGGGGUAAAAAAUAAUUAUCUAUUUUUUUGGUAUUGAUCUCUCCUGUCAGAAUGAAAUCUAAAAAAACAACCAAAGGUACAAUUAUUUUAGCGUUAAUGUUGGUGAUUUGUCUUUAUCUUUGUUUAAAAGUCAUCUGUUUGCCAUAAAUAAGACUCAUUCGCAGUUUCGCGUAACCAAAUUUAAGCAUCAAAGAUAGCUUGCAACAUAUUUCCUCAAUUGAUAGACUUACAGCUCUAUUUUUAUUCAGUUACUUCAAUUUUAUUAAGGUCAUCAUGUAUGUCUCGAUUUUAAUAGAUUAUGAAACAAUGGCAGGACAUGAUAAUGACUAAAUUCACAUAUAUAAUAAAAUACCAGCUUAAUUGUUUUAUGUUCUUCAGGAUUCAAAUGAGGUACAAUUUAUUUUUUAUGGAAUAAAAGCGUAUAAUAAAACUAUAACACGCUUUAGAAUAAAUAUUUGUAACUUUGUGUGAAAUACUUAGCACGAUUUGGUUAAAUCCAAAACGGAACCCAACUAGGGUAAAUAAUAUUAAAACAAAUCAUAAUAUUAUGAUAAACGACAUAAUUUUAGUAAUAAAAAUUGGCCUUUAAUAUUUAGCAGUAGUAGUAAGCUUAAGAUGUGGAUGUUUGUAACAAAAUACGUUUCACUUAAAAAUAAUUGCUUAAUUUAAGUUUUUGUAUAAGCAUUUGUUUAAUAGUUUUGUUUGAAAGGUCAAUAAUUUUAAUAAUUCCCAGUGACCAUAGGAAUGCGGAUAUUUGGGAAUAGUAUCAUUUCAUUAAAAGUUAAAAUAUUAUCUUUUAUCAUCAGUAACAGCCUGUUUAUGUCCCACUGCUGGACUAAGGCCUCCUCUCCCUUUUUGGGAAGAAGGUUUGGAGCUUAUUCCACCACGCUGCUCCAAUGCGGGGUGGUGGAUCUUUUAUAUAAAAGCCUAAUAGCCAGGUUUUUAUAAAUAUUUCAUUCAUUUAAUAUAUAAUAAUGUGAACAACGAUUGUAACAAUUGUAACAUUAUUACCGUUUCAAAGGCUAAAUAUAUUGACAUAAUGGUUUUUUUGUUAUAAGGUUUGUUAUAAGAAAUACUUUUAAUUACGUUUUUAGAUAACAAUAGUUAAAAUUAAACAAGCAUUUUUAAACUAAAAAUUAAAUAAAAAAUGUCCCGGACUAUAUUGUUAUUAAUGUUUUUUUUUUACUUAUGACAUUUAGUUAUAGUGUAAGGUAGUUUAUAAGUAUAUUUAGAUUAUAAAUAAAAUAUCUAUAUGAUAGAUGAUUCAUAACUAAACAAUAUACAUUUUUAUAAUUUUGGUACAGAAUAAUAAAAAUACUAUUUAAAUUAAAAAUAUAGUAAAGUCUUUUUUCGAUUAUAUCAGAUUAGAUUGUGAUUAUUCUAAACGAACUCGAAACUCGUUCAAUAAACAGAAAGCCACUAGCGACAUCGUCUACAGUCAAAAAUAGUCGGUUUUAUAAUGUGUGUAAACUUUUCUUGAGAAUAAAAGUCCUCAAUGAGAAUUUUCGUUAUAAAAACCAAUAAACUGAAAUCAUUUACCGUUUUAUUUAAUUUUAUGAUAACUUUAAAUUAAUAAGUAA